AUGCUCGGUGACGACGAGGACGUCUUUGACAGUGUCACUUGGGAGUCCCCUUCGGCACCCUAUGACGCCGAUCACACCGUCCAACCGUCUGGCCCAGGCUUCAAGCAGAGUACGGCAGGGACAGAGGAUGAACGGGGCCCGCACGAUCCAAAGUGGGAGGGAUUUCUCAUUGUUACCGUCAAGGAUCCUGUAAAGGAGCUCGCAGAAACGAAGGACGCAUACGUCUCCUACCUAGUCUCGGCAAAGACCAACCUUCGAAUAUUUUCUAUUCCUACUCCUUCCUCUCGUCGACGAUUCCAGGACUUUGUAUUUCUGCGAGACCACCUCGUAAAGGAUUUCCCAGCAUGUGUGGUACCUGCUCUCCCCGACAAGCACAGGCUAGAAUACCUUACGGGCGAUCGCUUCAGCCCGGAGUUCAUGGAGCGCCGCAGACUAGACCUCCACCGUUUCCUUGAACGGAUAUCCCGACACCCAACCCUACAACGCAGCACCCUAGUCCGUGCGUUCUUCGAGUCCACGGAAUGGCACGUUCAUAUGCACCAACAUCUCGCACAUCCUCCAGGGCCAGAACCUACACCAGGAAUCAUCGAUAACAUCUCAGACACCCUCCUCAACGCGUUUGCACGCGUCCGCAAGCCCGACGAACGCUUUCUCGACAUGCGUGAGUCUGUCGACAAAUUCGAGGAUGGGCUGGUCAUCUGCGAGCGCCUCUGGAACCGCACCCGUGGUCGUACAAAUGGUGAGCCUAAUUUAUCCCAGUGUAAGGGGGUAUCUGAGACUGAACGAGGUGGCCAUCUCGCCCCUGGUGAAGAUCUCACAGCGGACUAUCACGAUCUAGCGGUCGCCGUGCAGGGACUUGGUUUUCUGGAGUCAGGGAUCACAGACCCAUUGAACCACUUCUCAAAUACCCUACUCGAAUUCUCUGCAUUGCUCAGGCACAAGACUCAAACGACCACCGACCCUUUCCUUGUUCAUCUCCAUUCACUGCUCACCUACUCCCACGCCAAUCGUGCAGUCCUGAAACUUCGCGACCAGAAGCAACUUGAUUUUGAGGAAUUAUCAGAUUACCUCUCUGGUGUAACACAGGAACGUGAUCGGCUGUCUGCCGUUAUUUCAGGGCACGCAGGGAGUACCGGGCUAGGGUUGAGUGCGUACCUGAAGGACAAAGUGGAAGCACUCAGGGGUGCUGACGAUGAUCGGAGUCGAGUGGAGAAGAUGAGGAAGUUGGAUGUUAAGAUUAAGGAGCUGCAAGACGCUGUGACAACAGCGCACGAGACAUCAGAUGCGUUCAGUGACGAGACUUUACGAGAGCAGACUAUAUUCCAAUAUACGAAGGAAGCGGAGAUGAAAGAAAUGCUGGGCAACCUUGCGGAAGGUGAAAUUGAAUUUUAUCAAUCGGCAAUGGAGGAAUGGGAGCGGAUUAUACCUAUCAUCCAACGGAUACGGGUGGACGUUUAG